AUGUUGUUAAUGCAAGUCCCAAUCGAAAUUCAUUUAUCAAUUAUUGAAUCAAUUAUAGUAUCUACAGAAUCAAUGAAGCAGUUGAAUGGAAUUUCAUUGACGUGUCGUUACUUCGCUAAACUUUGUUUCUACGAGAUUUGGAAAAUAAAACGAUUUACGAAAAAUUGUUCAAUGAAAAAGUUUCGUAAAACUCUAUCAAAUAAUCCCUUAAUGCCUUACGGAGAUUUAAUAAUACAUUUGCAAGUGGAAGAACCAUCAAUUUGUAUUGAUGAAGAAUUAAUUAAUUUUUUUGCUGCAAAUUGUAAUAAUCUUCAAGAAUUAACGUUAAAAUUAUCUCAGAGGAAUAGACAAAAUAAAGCGAACUUACUUCCUUUGAAGUUGCUUGGAGAUCGAUUAACUAAUUUGUCAAUAGAAAAUUAUGAACAUUUGGAUGAUGUGAAAGCAGAACUCAUGCCGCAUUCUUCGCCGGUUAAUGGUGGACGUAGAAAUAAAUUUUUAAAACAACUGUAUUAUCAUUAUAAUAAAAUAAUUAUAACUCCUUCCCGUAAAGUGGCGUACAAGUUGAAAGGUAGAACAAAUAGAGAUUCCAUUGAUGAUAAUAAAAACGAUAAUGCCGAUGAUGCGGAAGAUGCGGAAUACCACGAUGCGUUAAAUGAGAUCGUUCAAUUAGGAGUGGUUAAAAGUGUUCGAUUAACUGAUCCCAAAAUGACUCAACGGGUAUGGGAAAGAUUUACGAGCUGCGCACAAUAUUUCUUGCAAUCGAUAACAAUAAAGUUGAAUAGUCCACAAUUUACAACAGAUCCAUCAACGAUUGUAUUUUUAUUUGGAAAAUAUUGUAAGAAUUUAAGAUUAUUCGAUAUAGACACAUUUCUCGUAUCCAUCUCAAAAAAGUCCACGAUGUUUUUAAUGGAAAAUUGUAAAAAUUUAGAAUAUUUAGAUAUAUCAGCAUCGAGCGCAACAGUUCCAUUUUUUCAUACAUCUAAAUCAAUUAAAUCAUUAACUUUGACCCAUACAGUAAGUGGGAAUGAUCUAGAUCGUAUUAAUGAAAGGAUGGAGAAUUUAAAUAGUUUAUCCUUUUUAAAAAUUGAGGGCAAUAAUAAUUUUCUAUUUUUGGAAAAUUAUCCAAAUUUAGAAUACUUGUCGAUCGGAGUGUUUGGUAAAAUGGAUGAAGAAGAAUUUUUAAAUAUUUUAAAGUUAAACUUAACCGAAUUAGAAUUAAUUAAAACCCCAAACAUAUCGGAUGAAUUAUUACAUUCGCUAGGGUCAAUGAGAUCAUUAAUUAAGUUGAAUAUUAAAGAUCGGUUACCUAACGUAACACAAAAUGGUUGGAUUAAUUUAGUAAAGAGACCUAAUUAUUGCCCUUCUUGGCGUAUAAUAACAAUUGAUGAUGGUAGACAAAUUAAUCCUGAAUUUUUUAAAAUAUUGGAAUAUAAACAUCUUAAUUUAGAAUUUUUGAGAAUUAGAGGUUUUACUUAUGAUAACCUACUAAACGAUGAUACAUUCGAUAAAUCAAAAUUUAAGAAAGCUUGGUGGCAUUAUAAAAUUCAUUCUUAUAAUCCUAUUAUUCAUUGGCCUAUUGGAUACAAAAGAAAAGAUGAAAAGAUGAAAUGGUUAUAG